GCUCUUUUAUGGAAAAAAAUUAAAUAGAAUCUACGCACAGUCACAAAAAUGGCAGAAGCAAAUAAAGUUAAAAUUGUAACUCGAAAUAAUGCUUCUUUCGAAGGAACUUUACACCAUAUUGAUGAAUUUACAGGGAAAAUAGUUUUGAAAAAUGUUGUUACUGAUGGUGUGAAGUUGUUUGGGCCUCAGCAUUUUUAUAGCACAGACAUAAUAGAAUUGCAGUACAUAAAGGAUGUACCAGUAAUGACACAAUUAUUAACACAUUCAAGGGAAAAGGUGAAGCAAAAAAAUCAGCUAUACAAGAAACCAACUCGGCCUCAGUACAAGAAAGUGGACUCCAAUAAAUUAACUAUGGCUCACGUAUACAAAGACAUAUCAGGCACGUCUGAGGACGAUAACCAAGUUACAAAGGAAGAUUUUGAAGACUUCUGUGAAACAGAUCAGUAUAUCAUCAUCAACAAAAUUUGUGACAAGUUUUAUCAAGCCAUUUCGCACAUUCUGGAACAGUCCGUGGUUGGAUUGCAAUUAGAUGGUGUUAGCAUUGGCAGAAAUGGGACUUUGUCAGUGGUGGAGAUUGUGACAGAAUCAAGAGUUAUCAUCUUUGACAUUUUGAGGUUGGGCAAUAAAGCUUUCAGUGAAGGACUUCGGGAAAUACUGGAGAAUAGUGAUAUUAUGAAAGUGACCCAUGACUGCAGGUUUUUGUCUGAUAUGAUUUACCACAAGUACAAAAUAUCUUUGAACAAUAUUUUUGAUACCCAGGUAGCCAGUGCUAUUGUACAUAGAAUCUAUCAUAAGGGAGACUGGCCUCGCUAUGUUGAAAGCUUGCCCUCCAGUCUAAUGAAGCACUUACACCUGUCCUAUGAUCAAAUACACAUGAUGAGAACUAGAGAACACUGUACAAAGGAUGACGAGGAAGAUGCAUGGCUUCAAAGGCCACUGCCUCAAAAUCUUUUGAAAGCAGUUUCGAAGAAUCUGAGUUAUUUGAUUCGGCUCCACACAGUCUUGCACUACAAAAUGUUGUUAGAAUUUCAGACUGGAGUCAAAGUCUACUUGAACCAUGUGGACCACUUAGGAGGGGAUGUAGAUCAUUGCCAGACAAAUCGACAUCUUCUUCCUAAAGCAUUUACAGACUUGCAUCACUUCAUCAACCUGUACAAUGUUGCAGAUCAAAGAAAAGUUCCAGACAAUAGCUUCAAAGCCAGCCGACCAAGCCUUAAAGACAAAAAUAUUUUAUUGUCAAGAGACUCUGUGCACAGCGCACCAAGUACCAUCCCAUCACCAUCAUUAGAAGGCUCUGAGUCCCAAGCGACUCAGUCAGGUAGAAGAACACAAGAAACCCAUUGCCAUGACAAUCCUGUUGAGAACAAAGCCGGUUCUGUCCAUGACCAUAAUUGCACGCGUUUUAAAGGUCAAAAGUUGAAACCACUGAGGUCUAGUCCAAGUGUUUCUGACAGUGAUAAAAUUAAUCAUGGUUUUGAUACAGAAUACAAAAAUCCAUCAAUAAAUCCACCUUUACUAGUGAAAGAAGAUUCAGAUCACAUCGACUCCACAUCAACAAAUAUUAACCGUCCUUUGGAAACUGUACCUAGUAAACCUGACAAUGGUGAAGUCCAACUUACCAAUCAAGUACAUGGAUACUUUCCUAAAUCAAAUCAACACAAGCUGACCAGUCCCUCCAGUCAUACUGCUGAUGGUUCGACAACCAUAGCAAGCAAGAAUAGCAGAUUGAAACAUUCUAAACUGUUUAAUUCUGCUUCCAAUAAUAGUGCAAAUGAGUCCUUUUCUACCAGUGAUUCAGAAAGCAAUAGUUCCAGACUAAGACAGUCUAAGCUGUUCAGCAGUCCAUCAGAUAUUCCUGCUAGAGAUAAGAUACUCACCAGUGAUUCAGACAACUCUCCAUUAAGACAUCCUUUUCAACAGAUGACCGGGUCAUCCGAAACCAACAAUUCUAUGUUAAUGAAUGACAGACCAUCUACCAAGAUUAUUAGCCCCAAAAGUUUACUGUCGGCUGCCAGUGACAGCGAAUCAGGAAGGUCUUCCCCCCCAGGCCGAGUCGAAAGAUUUUGUGAGUUCUUACAGAACCUGUCACUAGGGAGUGAUGACUCUGCCAAUCAUGGUCUGACAUUCAAUGACGAUGUGAGGCGGACAGAUAAGUGUGACAUGGCUGUGGACACAAUGGAACUUUCCGAGCCCAGUGAGUCUCCUCGCGCCUCAUCCUCCUCUGAUGAAGAGAGCUGCUCAUCUUCUGCCCAUGAUAAUCAGGUCAAGGUCAACGUAUUGGAUACCAUUCCUGCUGGCAUGAGAACCUUUGCUUGUAAGAAAAAUAUGAAGUUUAAAAGCAGGACAGACAACUUUGUAGAAUCAGAUGAUGCUGGGGAAGAUGCAAGGUUUGUUCCAAAAGACCAAGAUGAUGAGGAAUAUGGAUACAUACCAAUGCAACAUUCACUACAUAGAUCUAAGCUGUUGACCUUAGCUUCUGCUGAAGUAGAGCCAGUCUAUGCUUGUGAGGAGAGUGAUCCUGAGGCUGGGGAGAAUGAGAAUCAAUUACAUACGCUACAGAAAGUGUUAAAGCUAGUCUCCACUCAGGACAUUAAGCGGAAAUUGUUGCCUUCCAAAUUAAAACUUUAACUGCUGAGGUUAGGAAAUAUUUGAAUAGUUCAGCAUUAACUCUUUAACUGCUGAGGUUAGGAAAUAUUUGAAUAGUUCAGCAUUAACUCUUUAACUGCUGAGGUUAGGAAAUAUUUGAACAGUUCAGCAUUAACACUUAAACUGCUGAUGUUAGGAAAUAUUUGAAUAGUUCAGCAUUAACACUUAAACUGCUGAUGUUAGGAAAUAUUUGAAUAGUUCAGCAUUAACACUUAAACUGCUGAUGUUAGGAAAUAUUUGAAUAGUUAAGCAUUAACGCUUAAACUGCUGAUGUUAGGAAAUAUUUGAAUAGUUCAGCAUUAACACUUGAACUGCUGAUAAUAGUAAAUAUUUGAAUAGUUCAGCAUUAACACUUGAACUGCUGAUAAUGGUAAAUAUUUGAAUAGUUCAGCAUUAACACUUAAACUCCUGAUGUUAUAAAAUAUAGGAAAUUAUUGAGUACUGUAAAAAAAAAUUUGAUGUAUAUGUUAACUCAUUUUUUUAUAACACAUUUGAAUGUAAUUAACGUACUCUGCUUCUCAAGAUGCAAUUGAACUAGAUAUAAUGAUCAAAAUUAAUUUAUUCAAACCCCCCCCCCUUUUUUUUUUUUUUUCUUUCUUGAUUUUGUGUGUGUGCAAGACAUGAAAUAACAUAUUUUUUUUUAAAGCCAAUGUGUUUACAAUCAGGUUCACAAUUGUGUCUAAGUAUUUCACAAUCACCUCAUCCAACUAGAGCAGUGUUUCCCAAACUGUUAGGCAGAGGCCUGAAUAGUUGUUCCACUACUGGAAUUAUUAACUAGUAGGCCACCAUGUGAAUUCAUCUCCAUAAGCGAAGAUUUUGGGAAACACUGAACUAGAAAAUCACUCUAGAAGCAUUUUUUUUUAUUUGAAAAAAAAAGCUUAAGUCUGCUAGUGGAUGCUAAUUUUAAUAUCUGCAACUUGUGUCAUAAAAAGACUUGUGAUAACAACCAAUCAUUUUGUUUUUUAACUUGUAUAAAGUUUUUAACUUGUGUCUGACUGUUUGAUGUAGGUUUAAAUGAUUAGGUACCAUGAAGUGUCACUUCAGUUACCUGAGAAUAAAAAGUUUUAGGACAAAGUGA